AUGCGGCCACUGACGACCUCUGCCCUUUUUGUUAUCUGGUCAUCGCUGCCGAAUACGGUAAUGGAUGCGUGCGCUAGGAUGCAGGACCCUGGAGUGGUCACUACGACAGCGGUUCCGACUACGACAGCGAUCGCGAUUACCACCACUACUAUACUGCUUGGACUGGGACACACAAUGGCUGCCGAGACAACGACGACUGUGGGACCGUGCAAUGGCUGUCCGGUGGCACCUCCCGGUCAACUUCCGCCCGAUGGUGCGGGUUGCAUUGGGCAAGCUGACAACCCGGCCUUUCCGUGGACAUACGCAAACUGCCUUUCCGUUACCGAUAACUGGACGUAUGACAUAAUCGACGGUGAAUGUUCUGGAAGAUGCGGCACUGGUGUAACAUAUCUCUUUGAUGGGGAUCUGAUUUACUACUCCGUUAUCAAGUGCGAAGGCGGGGAACUGCUGUACUCAAUUGUCGGAACCGGCAUCGAUGACCUUGGUCCCUAUAACCCCGUUCCGAGUGGGUACAAAUUAUUCUGCGGGUCUGCGACA